AUGUGGUUCACAAAUUUCUUCUUCAGUUGGAUGACAGACAUGCUGAUCGUCAAGAAGUAUCUCAACGUCACUCAAGCCAGAAAACUUGCAAAUUCAUUAGGUUGUUUUCCAUCAGCAAUUGGACUAAUUGCACUUGCAUAUGCACCGAAAAAUAUAUAUAUAGUUGAGUCUUUAUUAGUGUUGAUUUGUGCUUUCAAAAUAGCUUCUUCUGUCGGUUUUCAUGUGAACCACGUGGACAUUUCUCCUAACUUUGCCGGCACGAUGAUCAGCAUCAGUAAUUUUAUAUCAAAUAUGUUUGGUUCACUGGCCCCUAUCGUGGCUGGAUUCAUUUUGACUGACACUUCGGAUAUUUUAUUGUGGAGAAAGGUGUUCUUUGUUGCCGCUGGAUUGUAUUUCUUCACAAACAUAGUAUAUCUGGCAUUGGGAACCGGAGAACUGGCUGAAUGGAACAAUCCUCCAGAAUACGAAAUGGUUGCUACGGAUGACAAUGAACAGAAGAAAACUAAGAAUAUUAGUGCAGAUGUUUAG